AUGGCAAUUUCCAACAUUGUAAUUUGUCAUCAUACCAAGGCUAGCCAUAACUAUGUAAAACUUGAAUCUCCAAGGAUCUUUAUCCCACCCAGCAAGCUGGACCAGAUGUUCAACAAAAUAAAUGCACACGAGGUGGAGGAAGAAAUGGACAAAUUUAUGGAAUCACACAAGGCGGCAAACGAUAAAAGGAACCAAUCCACUUGGAAAAGGUGCAACAAUACAGGAUUAAUGGGAUGCUGCUGCCGCCAUGAUGCAGCUGUUCACAUGUUGAACAUCCACAAGUCCUGCAAAAAGCUUGCUCUUCCAUUGUCCCUUCUAGCUACACGUGGUGCAAAGACUUAA